UGUAAACAAACAAAAUGUCGCCGAGAGUGCAGUAAGUUUCACAUGUAGAGCCCUUUUUCAAGUUUUGCUCAUCGACCGCUAACCUUCUAAUUAUUUUUUUUAAAGGAAUUAGAGUCGUAAAUUGUUUUGAGGUUUCUCUUGUGUCUAUCUGGGACUUGUGUGGGAGUCAUGAGCAGCUGCUCCACCGGCCAGACUCCUGCUCGCAGCUUCGCAGCAAUGUCCAGCCCUCCUCCGUCCUCCUCUUUAUCACUCUCGACCAACAUGCUGGACUCUGCUGCAGAGCAGAUGAUGGUCCACAGGAACUUCCACGCAGCUUUUGACACAUGCCAGAAAGGUCUGGAGAGCCUGGCGAGUGCGGAGCCGGAGGACUACAGAUGUGGAGAAUUAAAGGCUGGUUUCUGCAUCUUGGGGAUUCAGGCUCUCGCUGAGAUGAACCAGUGGAGCGGUGUCCUCUGCUGGGUCCUGCAGCAGUAUGAACAUCAGGAGGAGAUCCCAGCGAAAAUCAUGCAGAUGUGCAUACUUCUGUACUCCAAGGUUGGUGAGCCCGCUGUGAUGCACGAUGCAGCCAGAAUUUGGUUGCACAGUCCACUAAAAUCCAGAGUAGCUGGUUUCCGGACAGUCGCAGAGUUAUAUCUGCUGCACAUACUUGUGCCACUUGGACAUUUAGAGGAGGCUCAGGAGUUUAUUGAAGGUGAGGUUGGCGACGCUGCAUUCCAGGACCAGAGACAAACAGCGCUGGAUAUUGUGCAUGAAAAAGCACAGCAGAAUCAAGAGCCAUCUUCAAAUCCCAAUUCAGAGUCUGGAAAUGCUGCACAUCCUGUGUCAAUUCAAGGUGGGGUCAUCCAUAAACUUGCAUCCAUGGUCACGUUUCUGUACAGAAAACUACUGUUGUCUGGCUCUGGCUCAUUCUCCCUCCGGAGGUUCUUCCUGGCAGCUGUUCUCGUCUACAUGCUUUUAGUCCGAAUGGAUCCAGCUCUUCCUUCUUCAUUCAUGUGGAUUUCCAAACUUCUCCAGCUGCUCAAGCAGAUGUGGAGAGCCAUGUUUGCACCGUAUUAUCAGGCUCUUAAUUAAAACGAAGGACUGUGAGAAUCACAAUGGGUUGUUUCAAUUCCCUCUUACUUCACGGUUUUGUAGGGGUAUGUGUAGUUUCCUGAGACUCCCAACAUCAAUCACAUUAACAAUUUUACUUUGGUCACAUUUCAUUUUAUUUCUUUUCUGGGAGAAAACACAGCUAAUGUAGAAAUGAUCCACAGACUAUCAGCAACAGAUUUUUUUACCUGUUUUUUUGUUUACAUCGCUAAAUUUACAAAUAAUGUAUCUCUUCUUCAAGUUGUUUAUGAAUCUCUAACUAAUCAUUUAGCCAUAACUCCAGCACAAGACUCAGGCCAUCAGGAUUGCAGCUUUAUUUCAUCAUGGAGUGGUUUGUAUAACCACAUGAGAAGUUAAAGUAUGAGUAAAGUAAAGUACUUAAUUUCAUUAUUAUUAAUUAUCUUAUGUUUCUGUUUUGUUUUUGUCUGUUGUACAUUCAGUUAGUCUGUAACUUUGUGUUUUGCUGCUGACUACUUAAAACAGGUCUCUCUUGUGAAUGAGAGCCUGGGUCUCAAUAUGAUUUUACCUGUAUAAAUAAAGGUUAAGAAAUAAAAAAAAAAAUUAACUGAAAAACAGUAACAGUCCACAGUCUGCUAAAGGGGGUAAAAAAUACAUGCAAUAUAUUUAUGAACAUUUUUCUCACUGAUUUAUUAAAGAAAAAAGCAGGGGCAGUUGGAGAUUCUAACGCUGAUUAACAAGUCUUUUUUUUUUCUUUUUUUCACAUUCUUUCUCAGAUAUGCUCUCCUAUUAUCUAUAAAUACGUAAACAAGUGGAGUUUUGUGUAUGUAUUUAUGUAUAUGUUUAAUAGAUCUAAAAAAUACUCAGGUCAUAACAUGUAAAAGUAUACAUUUUGAGUCAUUUUUUUCAAAAACUGUUACAAAGAUUAUAAUUUCAAUAUGAUAAAAGGAACAGUCUAUUCCAUACUGUUUACUUCAACUGAAUAGUUCCUGCAGACAUAACUAAUUUUCUAAGGUGGACAAAGAAAUAGAGAUCUAUCAUCUAGAAACUAAACCAGUGCCAAAGUUAAAGUACUUCUCUCAAAAUAAUUAUUUUGUGAGCUUUUGUACUAGUUGUCUCUGCAUGUCCGGGUGACAGACUAACAACUCAGCAACAUGAGAACACUGGCUUGUGAUUGGGAAAUGGGGACAACGUAAGGUUCAGGAUCUGAGAUAAAAAGAUAAUCCAUUCUAAAGAUACAUUAUGUUAUUUCUGUAUUUUAUUGGUGUGGGAAUGUCAGAUACUUAGCAGCCUUACUCACAGGUGGAUAUCAUCAUCUGCAGCAUUGUACUGGAUUAUCUUUGCAGUGAUGCACUGUCACACAUUCUUCUCAGAAAUCACAUAUUUCUAAGGAAUUAGAUUUUAAUGGACUUCGAAAAAUGAACCUAUCUGCUGUCACCCAUUGUGUUGACAAACCCACCAGAAAAUGUCUCUAAUUAAGAAAAAAAGUAAAUGUUUUCAGAAGAAAUGUAGGAAGUAGCAAUGAAAUACCAUCUGACCACAUUACAUAAAAUGCUGCUCUCAAAACUCCAGCCUUCCAGCAAGUUAGAAUUCUAUAUUUGCUCAAAACAGAAGUUAUGUUAAUUUCUUAACAGUAAUAUAGAGAUAAAUGUUUCAACAACUUUAGGUGUAAAAAAUAGAUGAAAAGUAAUACUUUUACAAUAAACUACUUUAAACUUUUGUCUUUCACCCAGUCACCCAAACAUAAUCUAUAGCCUACCCACCAGAAACCGAGAAUCAGAAUCAGAAAGAAGUUUUUUGCCAAGUUUUUUUUAACACACACAAGGAAUUUGUUGUGGUGAUUUGGUGCAAUACAAAAGAACAAGUCAUAUUAACUGAGAUAUAAAAUAUAAAGUGAAAAGAAAAAAUGUACAACAUGUUUUAUGUUAUGUUUAUGGUUUUAAAGUGCCAAAGUAAUGAGUCUGUACGGAGGUGACCCAGGAUGUGCGUUAAUGAGGAAAUUACAACAAAGUAUGUAUUCCUAUUCAGGGUAGCAGGGAUCUGCUGGAGCCAACUCCAAGGGCCAAUCCCAAUUCUCCUUCACUCGCCCUUCUUUUCUCCACUCGCACUUCUUUUCUUCCCUAAGCCCUAAAAAAGAAGGGGGAGAUUUUAGGGCACUUGAAAUCUAGGGCACUUGGCCCAGGUGCCUGUCCCAAUUCUCCCCCUACCCCUCGUUUCCAUCCCUACCCUGAUCAGGAAGCUGAGAGCCAAAAGCUGUUUUAAUUUCAGCUGUAGCUCUGUUAAUAUGGCACUUAUAUUCCAUAUAAAAAAA